GUUCUGAUACGGUCUGGUGGGGGACCACAGUCAACCAGUUUGUCUUCUUGUUUUCCUUCAGAUCAACAUCAUAAUGUACCCGGAAGUUGUUGUUUUAAGCCUCAUACUACUUCUGACAGGUGCUGUGGUUUCUUAUACAGAAGUGAGUGGGGUAGUGGGUCAGUCGGUCACUCUUCCCUGCAGCUACUCAGUGGAUAAUGGUGCGGUCACAUCCAUGUGCUGGGGCCGAGGGGCAUGUCCUAUAUCUAAAUGCUCAGAUGAAAUCGUCUGGACUGAUGGGUCCCAAGUCACCUUCCGGAAGCACAUGCGUUAUAAGCUGGAGGGGAACCUUCUAGAAGGGGAUGUAUCUUUGACCAUAGAGGAUGCAGCUAAGACUGACAGUGGCCUGUAUUGUUGUCGAAUUGAACACAGGGGAUGGUUCAAUGAUAUGAAAGUCACCUUAUCCUUGGAGAUUAAACCAGCCAGAGACACAAGUGUUCCCAUGACACCUAGGGCCUAUACCUCUGCUCCUCCAACACCAGCACGCACACAGAACCACAAAACAGUAACUACUUCACCUUCUACAACUCAGGCCUCAGAAACCCAGACUAUGACUCUGCAGGAAACAGAGUCUUCCUGCUCACCACUCUACCCUUGCCCAACAGAUGGGAACGGCACUAUGACACAGUCUUCAGAUGGCCUUUGGCACAACAAUCAGACUCAGGUGUUCCCAGCAAGAAGCCCGGGGAUGACCAAUGCUGGACUCUACAUCGGAAUUGCCAUUUUCACCUUGGUGCUGCUGCUUGCAGUUUCGAUUGUCAUAAUUAUCAAAAAGUAUUUCUUCUUCAGAAAGAAGAUGCAGCCACUAAGCAUGGUUUCCUUGACUGGCCCUCAAAUUGGAACUCUGCAGAGUGAAGCAGAUGUGCGUGCCCGAGCAGAAGACAAUGUCUACAUCAUUGAGGAUAAUUUUUACGUCAUGGAAUAAGACCCAGGGGCGCUCUUGGGGGUGUUAUGUCCAUGACUUCAGAAGACAGUGACCGGAUAUCACUAUGUCAGACUCCUUUUCAACUCCAGGACCACUUCUCUGUCAUUUCACUGGCCUUCCAACAUGUCAGCCACAUUGGAUAGGGUGACUCUCUAGCUCAGAACUGUACACAAACUCAUUAACAGCAUCCUAAUUUUCAUACUAAAACUAGCUCAUUUUUUUCCCACUCAUGGUAGAGCAUUCUCCCACACAUGAACAUUUUAGAAUUCUGUAUUUUCUUUAGACCCCUUUAUUCUUACAUCCAUUUAAAAAACAGUGAUUAGUGACACAGGAAGGAAAAUUGUAUUUAAAACUGCCAAGAAAUGAGGAACAAGAUUUAAGAAUCAAAAAAUUCAAAGACUUCAUUGGGCAGCAUUUCAUGAUUACCUCUUGUUUUUUAUACUGUAAUUACAAAUAUUUUAUUUCUUAUGUUUCCUAGGUUCAAAUCGUGAGGGCCUAUAGGUUUUUAUUUCCCCUGUGGAGAAAUAGAAGUGGGCCUAAUUUCACCAUUAUAGGAAUAUAUGUUUUCCAUGUGAUGCAUGGAGUGACUGAUUUGUGGAUCAAGAUGGUUAUUUAGCCAUGAGGAGUUGCAGUAGGGAGUGUGGACCAAGUCGACGCAGGGGAAGAGAACCACUUAUCCUGGGAUUUGGUACAUUUAUGCUAUUUCUACCCUUGCACUUGGGCCAUGGUGCUAGGCAUAUUUUCCCUCCUUCCCUUCCUUACUUCCUUUUUUCUUUUAUAUCCGGUACUGGGAUUGAGCCCAAGGGUGCUCUGUCAGUUAGCUGCAUCCCCAGCCCUUUUUAAGUUUUUACUUUGAGAUGCAGUCUUGCUAAGUUGCUGAGGCUGGUUUUGAACUUGUUCCUCCUGACUCAGCCUCCUCAGUCACUGUGAUUACAGGCCUUUGCCACUGCUCCUGGCCAGUGCUAGGCAUUUUUGUAGACAACCAUCAGGCUCUCUGAACCAAUUUUCAGAAUUAGGAGAGACAGAAAUGAAAGGGAAAAAACCGAGAGAGUAGGGAAAAGACUGUCUGCCUUAGGUAAGUUCUAUUGCAAAUCUAAUAGUAUUUGAAAUUAUCACUAGUGUUUUCUAAAAUUUUAUAUUUCUAAAUGAUCUCCAGACCACUUUUAUAUUUAAAGUGAUUUCAGAAAGUUGAAGGGUCUUUUUCCAAUCUAAUUAAUUCCAAGCCCUACCCCCCUUUUUUAGUAAUUCCAUGACACUUUGGUUUUGCCAGGAGUUAAAGAGAAGUAUAUCAUAAGGAAUCUUCGGUCUUCAGUCACUCAUGUGACUGUUUAAAAAUGUAGAUAUGCAAGGGCUGAUAUUGUCAGAAAAAGAAAUGUUUCCACAUGAAAAGUUAACGGGGUUGGAUAUUAAUUUCAAUUUCAAUUUGAGUGAACCCUGAAAUCAUGGUUGGGGUUCAAAGAUACACCACAGUGGUCUGGGAGGGCAGGAUGCUUCAUGUCAAAGGUCACAUUUCUUACACUGUUCUGCAGAGUUCUAGGAAAUUACCAGGUCCUCUGAGUGAGGGUUCUAUGGGUAAAGAAGAUCUGUGUACACUGUACUCUGGGUUUGCCAGCUGGGGCGAGCCUGUUUGGGUCUAAAAGUGUGUUACAUUCCAACUACAGUGUUUUCUUUUUCUUAAAUUUGAGGCAGCAUGCAUAAAUUUGGAGCUUUGAAUUUAAAGCCCAGAUUUGUAGUGUGUUGGGAAAGCUUGUCAAGCUUAGACUGCACUCUUUUGGUUUUGUUUAUUUUGUUCUGUUUUGUUUGCAAAUGCUGGGGAUGGAGCCCAAGGGCCUCCAGCUGGGUGCACGCCUGUGGUCAGGGCCCCCCUGGCUGGGACUGCAGGCUGCUUUCCUGGCCCACUCACUUUCAAUUCUUGCCUGAUUUGUGUGGGGCUUUGAGUUUAUGAUGCCUGCUCUAGUCUCCAUAUUCUUCCUGGAGAUUUAUUAUCCAUGCUGAAGGGCCUGGGAAUCUGGUUAACUGUUUAAUCUCACAUUUCUAAACUUGAACACACAGCACAGUGCCUAUUAGCCUUCUGUGAAACAAAUUACACGGGAAACCCCUCAGUGCUCAGGAUUAAGAAAAGGACUUGAAGUUGGGUGUGGUGUCACACACCUGUAAACCCAGUGGCUUGGGAGGCUGAGGCAGAAGGAUCAUGAGUUCAAAGCCAACCUCAGCAAAAGUGAGGCACUAAGCAACUCAGUGA